AUUAUGGAGGUGCUCCAUUCCUGCCUUUGCUUUUUAUAGUGGUGAAUAUGGCAUUCAAUAUCUCUCUCCUCAAUUUGGUGAAGAUGUCAUCUGCCCUUGUGGCUUCCCUUACAGCAACAUCAGCAGUGCCAAUAUCAAUCUAUAUUCUUUCACUUCCUUUGCCCUACAUCCCCCAUGGCGCGGAAUUAAGCAUGUCUUUCAUCAUUGGUGCCGUG